GGCUUCGAUUUCGACGUCCAACACGAUGUGCCACUCGGUACUCGCCACCACAUGCCACCCAGAGGUUGUGCGUGUUGGUUUUGGGCUGAGUAGUGCCCACCUCUGGUUGGCAUGUGGUGCGAGUACCAUCCAACCCAGAUUGCGCAGCCGGGCCAGGCAUUAUUUGCAGCACGGACGCGUAUAGCUACGAUACAGGUACCCUCGGAUACGGCUCGCCCUUCCCGGGGCAGAACGACGCCUGAGACCGACAAAAGCUUACACAGUAUAUAUCACGACGAGCUUGGUCAUGUCUGAAUUGCCCCAAGGUGGCUGUCGCUUUCUCCACCACAAAAUUAGUCGUCAUGUUAUUUCUUUGCCUCACCGCCGUACUGCUCUGCGUCAGUCGGCACCUGGUAGAUGCAAGAUCGGUGUCUGCCCACUCCAAGGUCUCUAACACAGCGAGGUCUACGCAAUCGGACUGGGAAAAUGACAACUCCAUCUCUGCGGUCUCUCCACCCCAAGAUAUGGCGGAGUUGAAGUGCAUCAAGGGGACUGGUGCCAACAAAUUUCCAUCGCCCUGCCGGAAGAGCUCAACUAUCCUGCCUAGGCAAGAUGGCGACUUCUCGCAAGGCCUGCUUACUAUCUCCACGGAUUCCACAGUCGUGCACGCGGACCAACACCUGUCUGACCUGGUCAAGAAUAUAAUCGGCUCCAGUACUUGCCCCCGCAGGGCAAAGCGUGGACCUAGAGUUUUCAAACGUGAUGCGAUUACCGAUUGCAUAGUGACCACGGCUACCUUACUCGCCCAGAACGCCCAAUAUGUACACAACGUCAUCGAGCUCCUGCAGGGAAAUCCGAUUCCGGCCGAAAUCAAGCAUAUGGAUAGUUUGCCACAGUGGAGCGACGAAGCUCAGGCAGCAGCUUUCCUCCGCAGUGCCCUCAUCGGAGUUGGACUGUUGGAGCAGGCCUUUGAGGUCAUUGACACUGCCACACAGUUGUGGUUCGUCUACGUGACGAUGAACUUUGCCAUUCAACAAAUUUGGAACCAUCCGGAUAACUUCAAGAAUUUCGCCCUUGGCAGGAGCGGGUCGAUGAAGCUGUCUUGUCCUGCAGUGGAAGAUGUCUCAUGCUCUCAUGUGCUGUGCGAGGGUGGCGACGAUGCUGUGUGUACGGCUUUCCUACAAGGGUGCAGCUGCACAAAGAGCGAUUGUCCGACGAAAACCAAUGGCAAGUAUGGCCUCUUUUGUCAAGAAUGCGGUGGAGCCGACUCACUUAGUGGACGUUGCAAUGGCAAUAACGGACAAUAUAAAGGUUGUGCCUGCAUUGAGCCAGAUGAUGAUCCGUACACCGUCGACAAUGCUGCAGUAUCGGAGUUCGAAACCAUCUUCAAGGACGGCGACUUCACCUUCACGCCUCCACCGCCGGCCCCUGACCAGAUCACUUGCUACAAGCAAGCCGACGGAGUCAAGGACGACCCGACGAAGUGGAAGUUCGUCGAUCAGGCACUACUAGACGCGAACAUCCAGGAAUUCUGCAAAGAUCUGGGCAAUCUCAACAAUGCUGCUGGGGGGUCGUUCGAGCGGUCGUACAACACAGACAGUUUGAACUCGGUUAUUAUCCGGGCCUCUUGGGAUACUGGGUACGUGACUGUAGAGAAUUGUACGGAGCAAUUGAGGGCUCUGAGCGCCGACUGUGACUGGGACCCGACGGAGAAUCAGUACAACUGGAAAUGGGGCGGCGAGUUCCUGAAGAACUCGUUGCAUUGGUACAUCAUCCCGCAAGCCAACCGGGUCGCCAUCUACACGGGCGACGGCGACAACUGGUGGCGUGACGGUGACGACCGGCAUUGGCGCACCAUCACCCAGCAGAAAACCGGGAACGACAUAGCCACUCCGCGCGUGGGCAAGAACGGGAAGCCGUACGAUAUGAUCAUUCUGCAUCAGUGCCUCCACGAUAUGCGUAGAAGGAAUUGGGAUGGUGGCCAGCCGCAUGAUUGCGCUGGUUUGGUCAACUUUUCCGGAAGUGGAACGAUUAUUUAUAACAGUUGGACUGACUGCUUUGAUAACACAUGGCAGUUGAAUAGCUGGGGCUGGAUGCAGAUGGGCGUUGUUACCAUGUACGGGGAGCACAGAGGUGGUGCUGCUGGGCCGGCGGGCGCGCAUUGCUGGCAGGGUACGGACAAAUUUUAGUCCUUUGUAUAGUUACCGCGUUGUACCCGAAUAUUAUAUUAUUAAGAGACGCCUAUUUAUUGAGACGC